GCUCAGUCACAGAGAGUCAGAGACCGACUCUGCGCUUUGAUCCUGGAGCAGAGAGGCAUGUCUUUGUCAACAAGGACACUACCUGAGCUGAGGCAUCAACAUGGCGCUUCACGAGAAAAAAGUGCUCUACAGCAUGACAACGGUUUGAGUACUGGGGGUGCGGUUUGGCCCGGCCGCGCAGGGGCAGCGCAGUUGGUGAGCAGGCCCUCAGAGGGUGGGCACAAGCCCAGGGGAAAGGGGCGCAAGUAUCAUGGCACAGCCGCGCGCAGCGGGGGCUGCACUGGCGGCGAAGGAGAAGGAGACAUGGGUGCAGUGCGAUAAGUGCCAGAAGUGGCGGCGCGUGCCAGUGGAGAUGGCAGACGCGCUCACGGAUGAUGACAAGUGGUUCUGCAAGAUGAACCCAGACUCCGCUUUCAACCGAUGCAAGGUCCCUCAGGAGAUGAGCGAUGCGGAGAUCAACCGGCAGCUGGGGAUUGACAGCGACCAGGAGGGUGGGCAGCAGGAGAGCGCGGACGACGCCGAGGAGGACGGGGAGGAGGAGGAGGCGAGCAGCAGCGAGAGCGAGGAGGCAGGGACGCCCCCUCCGAGAAGUGAAGGCGACAGGAAGCCGGCGGUGUGGCAGCUGACGCGGCAGAAUCUGUACGUGACACGCAAGAGGAAGGCGUGGAAGGACGAAGAGGUGAUGGUGUGCCAGUGCUGGCCGCCCCCCCCUGGGAAGCGCGGCUGCUUAGAGGACUGCCUGAACCGGCUGGUCAAGGUGGAGUGUGCCCCCAAGCACUGCCCAUGUGGGGACGCUUGCACCAACCAACAGUUCCAGCGGCGCGCGUACCGGCAGCUGGAGGUGGCGCGCUGCGGCAGCAAGGGCUUUGGCCUGCGCGCCUGCGAGGACAUCCCCAAGCAAACCUUCUUCAUCGAGUACACCGGAGAGGUGUUGGACGAGGCGACGUUUGAGGGGCGGCUGCGGCAGUACGCGCGCGAGGGGCAGCGGCACAUGUACUUCAUGACCAUCGGCAACGGGGAGUACAUCGACGCGUGCCAGAAGGGCAACCUGGGCCGCUUCAUCAACCACAGCUGCAACCCGAACGCGGAGGUGCAGAAGUGGCAGGUGCGAGGGGAGCUGUGCGUGGGCCUCUUCACGCUGCGCGACGUGGUCGCGGGGGAGGAGCUCACAUUCGACUACAACUAUGACAAGAGCCGCAAGGAUGCCAAGCCGUGCUUGUGCGGGGAGCCGCAGUGCCGCGGCUGGAUCGGGGGGGACCUCGACUCCCCUGCCGCCAAGAAGGUGCAGGCGCGCAUUGAGCGUGCCCGCGAGCGGGUCGCAGCGGACAGCGCAGCGGUUGCGGCGGAGGAGGAGGAGCCGGAGCCGAUCAUGCUGCCGGAGGAGGCGGGGGGCGGGGGAGGAGGCGGGAGGGGGGAGGGGGAGGCUGUCCCUGCGGACAUGGCGGCGGUGCUGGAGGGGAACAAGCGGUUCCAGAAGAAGCAGGCGCAGCUGCUGCAGGUGGCGCUGCAGUACCGCGGCAGCGGCAGCGCGGGGCAGGCCGCGCUGGACGACGCGGAGCGCAAGCUGGCCAAGAAGCGCAAGAAGGGGAGCGAGCCAGAGGGGGCGCCUCCGCGCAGCAAGAAGGUCAAGGCGGGCAAGGGGGGCCGCGGCGCUGCGGGGAAGGGGGCUGGCGUGGUGCGCAGCGAGGUGGAGAGGGAGCUGGCGGGGCUGCUGGACGAGGAAGGGGGGCUGGAGCGGCGGAAAGGUGCGGCGCAGGAGUUCAUCACGCUGCUGGCGCAGGCGGAAGUGGCGGGCGGCGAGGGCAAGGGCGGGCGCAAGCUGUGCAGCACGCGCGACCUCAUGGUGCUGCUGGAGGCGCUCCUCAGAACGCACUCGCGCAGCGUGCUCAAGGACUUCGUCGCCACCAACGGGCUGGAGGUGGUGAAGAGCCUGCUGCUGCACCUGCGCGAGGACCCCGACAAGCCCCCCGUGCUGCGCAAGCUGGUGCGCACGCUCGAGUUCCUGGCGGACCAGGGCCUCCUGCACGCAGAGCACCUCCUGCAGCUGCACCCCGCUGCUGCACACGCCCUGUCUCCCCCCCCCACUCUCCACGACGCGCUGGCGUUGCUGGAGCGCCACUCGGACCGCGAGCUGCAGGCGCGCGUGCGCCAGUUCCGGCUCAAGCUGCUGCCCGCCACUCGCGCGCCGGGUGCGCCCGGCCUCCCUGCGCCGCGGCGGCCCCUCUCGCCUGCGCCUCCCUUUCCCGGGGCGAGCUACAGCCGGGGCUCCGACCCGGAGCUGGCGCGGCUGGCAGGCAGGCUGCCGCAGGAUACAACGUUUGGCAGGAACGAGGCGCGGGCCUAUGGGGCAGGCCCAGCGGAGCGCUGGGGGCAGAACGGGCCAGGGGACGCUCUGCGGUACGACAGCCCCGCUGAUGGCAGCAGCCGUGGAGACAGGGGCAUGCCCAGUUGCGCAAUGCCACACGAAAGGGAUGCGGCACGGGGGCCCUCGCGACCGGCCAGCCCCCGGCCUCCAUUGAGGAACCUGGCGCAACAAGACAGUACACGGGGGCCGCAGAGCAGGUCCCCAGAGCGAGAAGCGUUUCGGAGUGGGCGGGAGUGCUUCAACGAGCGUGGCGAGGGCAGGGCCCGCGUCACGGAGCUGCCGUGGGGCGAGGAGCGGCGCGCGGAGGACAGGCCGCGGGAAGGGAGGGGCCACGAGAGGCGCUCGAGGGAGCGCACCAGGUCUCCUGCGCGCAGAUCGUGGUCCCCAGGCCCGCCCCCGAGGGAGCACAGCCCAAGGCGGGAACGGCGGCGCACCGGCUUCAGUGACCAUGCGGGGGAUCCCUGGGCGGAGGAGCAAGGGGCGCAGCAGCGCGAGCCGGGGCCUAGCUCCCAGAAAGCGGGGCAGGCGGCGCCGUCUAACGGCCCUCCCAAGAGGGAUGCCAGCGAGGGCGGUGCAUCGGCAGUGCCUACAGCCGCUCCGCAGCAGGGGGCCAGUGGAGGGGCGCAGGAACAGAGGCCGGUGGAUGUGGGCGCCGCGCCCUUGUCGCCACGGUCGUUAGAGGCAGAGGGGCGCCGCAAGGUGGCGGUGUGGCAGCAGCGCAUGCUGGCCACCAUCCAGGCCGGGGAGGGCAAGGCGCACCCCACUGCAGGUCCCAGCCCCGGGCCCCCUGCUCCGCCAGCAGAGGCAGGGAGCACCCCUCCGCCAUGGGGGCCGAGGAGCGCUCCGCCCGUUCGCAGCGGCAGCCACCAGCCUGGCCCGCCCAGGGCACCGUGGGAGGGGCCCACAGCCAACGCCGCGAUGGCCCAGCCUCCCUGGCACUCCCCCGCGCCGCCGGGGACAGGCGCCCCUUGGACCCGCCCCUCGGAGCGCAGCCCCUUCGCUCCCGGCUUGCAUCCCCUGCAGCCGCCGCCGCUGCCCCCAGACGGGGCCGCGCCACCACCACCGCCAGGGGAGCCGCAGCCGCCGCCCCCUCCCCCCUCAUACCCUGUGGCCACGCAGCGGCCGUACCCGGGAGGGGCACCCCCGCCCCCCCUUCCAGGACAGCUCGCGCCGCCGCCGCCGCCCCUGCCCCCUCAGCCCAUGCGGCCCGGUGAAGGCGGCUACCUGCGGCCCCCUCCUCUACCGCCGUAUGCCUCUCUGCCCCCGCAGCCGGCCUUCCCGCCGGCCCGCCCGCCCAUGCACCCGCCCCCCCUGCCCAGCGGGCCGACCCCUGCCGCAAUGCAGCGGCCGCCAGGGCCCCCCCCGCCAGCUCCCGCAGCGCUGGCCAACGGAGGGCAGGCGCAUGCGGCCAGCCCCACGAUGGCGCCUCACGGGGGGGCAGGAGAAGCACGCAGGGGGGCCCCCGGUAGCGAGGACAGCAGCAGCCGCGACUGGAUCUCCGACGAGCCGACGUCGUCGGACUUCCAGCACCUGGUGAUGGAGAUUGUGCGCUACAGGAUGGCGGCCUACAAGUUCAAGAUCCAGAAGAACAAGGCGGAGGAGAUCUGCAGCAAGCUGACGGGCAAGAUCAUCAGCGGCGAGAAGAAGGCGUACCAGGAGCGGGAGAAACAGGGCCAGGGCAAGGGACCUCGGCCUCUUCAGAAGAGCGUUCUUGGGGCCAAGGUGAAGAAGUUCGUAGUGGACUACAUGGAGCAGUACUUUGCAAAAGCGGCAAACGGCGUUCCUUGAACGUGCAGCGAACGGUGUCCUUUGAAAGUGCAGUAGCCAAGGGGAAAAGCCAUACCGAAGGGGAAGCAUGCAUGCUCUCGUUUGUCAUAACCGCCUUGAGGUUUAGUCAAAUCGACUCAGCGGUUGUAUGACGAUGACCAUUGCUGGUCGGAGUUUGUGCCAUGUCACAACUGGUGUUUUGAGCCUUGCAUCAAAAUGUCAGAUUCUUUUCCCCUGCGCCUUCACUUUUUGGAACAUGAACAAGCACGUAUCAGGCGGGGACGUUGGGAAGUAGUCGGUGAAGCACAGAAUCCUUGGUGUGAUGCCCAACUCUAGCAACAUGCAGG